GUUUCCAGCCCACCGCUGCCUAAUAUGGACUUGGCCAGCAGCAGCGGAGCUCUCUGAUUUCCUGAACUCGGCCAUGGCGCGCGGAGAGCCGCGGGAGCGCCGCGUGAGGAGAGCGCGCGCGAGGACGCGGGAUGAGAGCGGAGAGCGUGGCUGCCGGUUUGUGUGAACGCGCGUGCGAGCGACGGCGCUGCUGGCCGGAGGUACGGGAGCUGAGAGCGCGAGGAGGAGAAGAAGCGAGCGGGUUUGAAACAGGAGGCGACAGGAGGAGGGCGCGAGCUACGGAAGCGCGCGCGAGAGCGUCCCGGUGAGAAAUUACUGUAGCCGUUGUCCCCUAGGCGGAGCGCCAUGCCUGCGCGCGGGAGGCGGAAAAGCCCCGGCGGAGCGGCGGCGGCGGUGGAGACGGUGGGGGAAGGCGGAGACGCCGCGGCGGCGACUAAGAAGAUGUUGAAGUGUGUGGUGGUCGGGGACGGAGCGGUGGGCAAGACGUGUUUACUGAUGAGUUACGCGAACGACGCUUUCCCCGAGGAGUACGUGCCGACCGUGUUCGACCACUACGCAGUAAACGUUACAGUAUCUGGCAGACAGCACUUGUUGGGGUUGUACGACACUGCGGGACAGGAGGACUACAACCAGCUGCGGCCGCUCUCCUACCCCAACACAGAUGUUUUCCUCAUCUGCUUCUCUGUGGUCAACCCUGCUUCCUACCACAAUGUUCAGGAGGAGUGGGUUCCUGAGCUCAAAUCCUGCAUGCCUCACGUGCCAUAUAUCCUCAUAGGAACACAGAUUGACCUACGAGAUGAUCCAAAGACACUGGCCCGCUUGCUCCACAUGAAAGAGAAACCACUGACUUAUGAGCAAGGCCUCAAGCUGGCCAGAGAGAUUGGGGCACAGUGCUACCUCGAGUGCUCAGCGUUGACCCAGAAGGGACUCAAGACGGUGUUUGACGAGGCCAUCCUGACAAUCUUCAGCCCUAAGAAACAGAAGAGGAGGUGUGUGCCUUGCAGGUGCUGCUGCACCAUUGUAUGAGCACAGACAGAGGCCAUGAGGCAAAUCCCACCACUGUGAACACCAGCCCACCUCCAGAUGUAGCUAAUGUGAAAGCAAGACACAGCCAGACCCAUUCAGCAACUUCCUGUUUGCCGCACGUCCUGCCUCACUGCCACUGUCCAUUAUUAAAACUAAAAAAUGCUGCACUUCAGUACUGAAGCUCCUUUUUAAGAGCUUUAUUAAUCAAAGCGUGAGAGCCUGAGGACAUAAAGCACUUCUGCAGUGGUCUUGCAUCUUAUGUGACAUACAGUUUUGGAGCUCAAAGAAUCAGCAGCCGAGCAAAAGCCAUGGAUGUUCUCUUCAAGAUAUGAUUGUGUUGGAACUGAAACAAAUGAAAGAAGCACGCAAUAUCUGCGCUGCUAAUGUUUUAGAUACGAGAAGUCGUAAAACAGUUAUACGUUCAUACUCAUGGAAACCAGAAGCAGUCGCCUCUCAGACUGAUGGUACUGGGCGCUUUCUACAAGCUCAAUACAAGUCCCUCAAUCAAGCUAAAAUGUCAGCAUUCUAUUUAUACUGCCUCUCGGUUCUCUCGCCAAAGAUGAGUUGCUUUCUCAUGCUUUCUGAUGCUUUUGCCAGAGAUACAAGUCUCCAGACACUCCAUUCUAACUAAAUAUCUUGAUUAGAUUUUUGGUCUGAAUUCAUCAAAAAAGGGCUGAUUGUUCAUAUUUUUGUGAAUUUGUGAAAAUCAUAUGUUGUGAAUUUACACAAAUUAAAUACAUUGAAACACAUUGAAAAAGGUGGGAUAACACCUUAACUAUGACAGCAAACUCAAAAUGCAUUUCCUUCUUCUGCAACAGAGGGAGCUCUUCAGAAAGAAGGCACGCUCUAAACUACUGUUUUACAGUACCAGUAUGAGUCCACUACUACUUUUCCUCAACGCAUUCUGCUGUGCCUGAUCUCUAUGCUCGCCAUGUGGGCAUGUCUGAUAUUUUUUUAUUCAAACUAAGCAACAAAAUGCCCUAAAUUGCAGUGAAAUAGCCAAUCAUAGUUUUAAGAGUUUACAUUUUUAAUACCUGCAUCUAAUCUGUUGUUCUAUGAAUCCAGAUUCUGCCAUUGUAAACUUCUUUUUCUCGUUUGAAAUAGUAUUUCAAUUAAUGAUACAAUAUCAUGUCACAAUACACGAUUCAAUAUAUUCCUUCAUAUUGCAAUACUGUAAACAAGAUAAUAUACUGUGAUUGUUUAAAAUGUUAAGAAGAACUGGCACUACAAUCAGAAUAUACUUUUUUUUAAUCCCGGGUCAUGCUGCUACUUCAUCAGCGGACGGAGUCUGAGCGAGAACAGCUGGUCAUGCUUUGAAGUCUGACUUCACAAGUCAGCCUUCACCCUCCUCGUGUUUGGGAGCAUUGCUAGUGAUAGGCAAGUCCUAAUUAGUGAGUGGGGUCACAAGUGAAUUCGAUCAAAUUUAAACUAAACAAUUCUCAACUUUUAAAACAAAAUGCACAUCAUCAUAUUUAUAAAAUAAAGUAUAAAGAGUAUAAGAAAAGUUGACUUUUUAUCCAAUCAGAACAGUGGAAUCUAAUGGCAGAGUGCAACAGUGCAUUCAUGUGGGUGGGGGUUUAACACUAAAUGAGCCACUUCUGACACCAACCUUUACAUCUAAACAAAUAAUAAAAUAAAACAAAUCAAUAUAGUGUUUUUAAAAAAUUGAUACAUUACUAUAAAACAAAAUAUUGAGAUAUGAUACAAUAUAGAUAUUUUUACAGCCCCAGUUUGAAAGGCACCUGUUCUGUGUGCAGCGCUCAUAUAUAUGCAAUGUACCAGCCUAAUCUUGCCCAAUUGGCUAGAUGCAGUGCGGUGGCCAUGUGCGUACAGUUGAGCUCAGCUGACGCAACACAGGCCAUUAUGCAUUUCGGCAUCCAGCAUCUUUCUCCAUUGAAAUGAAUAGGAUGCGUUGAGGCUAAAUGCUAGUGGACACAUACUUUUAUUCAUACUUUUACUUUUAUUGGGAAUCUAAAGCAGCUGUUUAAGAAGCUUAAUGUUAUAGGAGUUUCUUAUGUCUUGUGUUUAAUAUUAAUACUGGGAUGUCCAACAGCAUUAGCCCACAUUUGUCCAUAUUGUACACCCCAACUCUAGUGGUGCCUUUUGUCUACAUGGCAAAACUUUGCAAACAAUAUGAUCUACCCUAAAAAUGUCUUUAUAUAUCGAGAUACAAUCAUUUUACCAUAUCAUUCAGCCCUACAUCACAAAAUCACAGUUUUGAUUAAGGCAAUCACUGGAGUGCAAGAGGAAUUGCAAUACAUUUCUCUCAGCCAAAUCUGACCUCGUAAACUUCACUUUUUUUUUUAGCAAUAAUAAUUACAGUUCUCCAGCUCUCUAGAAUGUGCCCUCAACCAGCAGAGUCACGGCAACAUGUCAUUUUACUAUCUACUAAAUGUUCCUAUGAAUAACAGCAAGUUCAAGGGCUAAAGUCAUUUUGCCUUCAAAAGCAUCCAUGCAGAGCUUCAGAAACCGCUCUAAACAGAGAGAGGCUACUCUCUGAAAGCUUUCUAAAUGCACACCUGCAUCGGUUCUGAACUUCUUCCUUUCACAGCUCCUUAUCUGGAUGUAAAAACACUGGUUGCCUUUCAGCGUGACCUCAGGGACUUCCUCCAGAGCCCACAGGGUGCCAGUGACCUUCCUCACGAGUACAAGGAGGAAGGCCUGGUCCACACAGAGGAAGAGUGAGCCUGAAUCUACAGCAUGUGCCUUUAAAAUGUAGCAUAGAAUUGUGUUUCUUCACUCGUCUUACGACACUGUGCCUUGAGUCGUCCUAUGCAACAGACUGUAUACUGUAAUUAUCCAAAGAAGAACAGCGUCAGCACUGGCUACGGCAGCAAUAACUUGAACUCAAACGUGUAACUGUAAGCCUAUAUAUUUAACUUUUUUAUUGUUAUUAUCAUAAUUUAGAAUGUAGUGAUUAUUACUUUACUUUUUAUAUUUCUAGUUUUGGGUUGUAUACUAUAUAUACUGCUUUUUGCCAAAUAUGUAAUGGUUUGUAUAUAGGUCUGGUGUGAUUAAAAUGUGUCGAUAAACUCA